GUUCGUGGUCAUUGACGUCCAACAGUCCAACAGGUUCUUGACAGCCAACAUGUCAAUUCCGAAAAGUUGGGAGAUUCAUCAAGGAUUUUUGACUGGGCUUUCACUUUUGGGGUUUAUCCUCGUAAUGAUUCCCCUGCCCUUGUUCAUUAAAGCUAGGAAUAUUGGCUGUGUACUAUACAUUUUCUGGGUCGGGUUGUUAUGCCUGUUCACAUUCGUGAACGAUGUUCUCUGGAGGGACAAUGCGAGGAAUCUUGCACCAGUGUGGUGCGAUAUCUGGGUAAGGUUCCAAGCCAUGGGUAGUAUGGGAAUGCUGUCCGCCGGCUUGGUCAUCGCUCGUCGUAUUUCUAUUAUUGCGACGACUACAAGCCUGGCAGUGGAUAGCAAACGCCGGGAGUGGUGUAUUGAUUGUCUCAUCGGGAUGUCUCCCCCAGUAGCACAGCUCAUCAUCUUUUAUUUCGUCCAAGGACAUCGGUUCGACAUUUUUGAGGGUCUUGGCUGCUACGCUGCUACUCCCAUCUCGAUUCUGCUCAUCUGCUUGACGGAAAUAUGGUUCAUUAUCAUUGGUCUCAUCUCUGCAGUAUACUGUGCCAGGACCCUAUAUGCCGUUAUCAAACGUCAUCAGCAGAUCAAAGACUUAUUCUCAGCCGUCUCCGAAGUCAGCCUACACCAAUACUACCGACUGCUCGCCAUGGCCACUGUCGAGAUGUGUUGCACCACACCCCUCAGUGUCUUCGAUUUGGUCGACCUGUCUCAAAUAUACUACCCGUGGAGAGGAUUCCAGGACCUGCAUUCCAAUUUUGACCGAGUGGGCCAGUAUCCCUAUGAACUUUGGGCAACAGAUCUCGGCCAUAUUCGAAGCCAGUGGUACCAGAUCGGUUGCGCCUUCAUCUUCUUCGUGUUGUUUGGCUUCUCUGCAGAAGCUCGCAAUCGUUACCGCCAUGCCUUCAGUUUCGUUGCGAAGGUCAUCCUUCCUCAUAAGCGUCACUCCCGGGGACGUACCAAGCAGCCUGCCGUAGAUAGUCUCGUCUUCGAAGAGUGCCAUACAAACAUGUCAGCAUCACAGCUGUAUCGAAUAGAUAGACUGAGAGAUACCAGGCUCAUAUACAGUAAACAGAAACCUUCGUAUCCUUCGUCUAGCAAACUUCACAAGUACACUACAUUUUUCCAAGACAUGAAGAGAGGCCUAGACAGACAAGAAACAAGGGAGGAAAGAGAAAUCAUGGAGACAAAAGGAAAAGGGAUAUGGCAGCUUGCGGAUAUGCAUGCUAUAUGAUAGAUGGUGGUGGAAAGAAAAUAAACGGUGGAGGAAUGACCGACUACUGGAGGUAUGGUGAAUUCGACAUGGAGACAAGGUAGAAUAGUGAACAAGCGAACGAAAGGACAGUGUAAGCAGAAACGUGACAUUGGAAUGUGAAUCAUUAGCAGGGU